CUUUUCAGUCAACAUAACUAUGAAAAGUGUCGAUCUGUUGCUGAUUCAGAGACAAAGAGAUUCUUAAUCUGCUGUACAACAUCUUCCAACUCUUCACCUCAAAGAUGAUCCACUUCAGACUGGUGACAAUGGCUGCACUGCUCUGCUCUCUUCUCAGUGCAGAUGGAGGGAAAGUCCUUGUUUUCCCUGUGGAUGGAAGCCACUGGGUCAACAUGAAGGUCCUCAUCCAAGAGCUCCACUCCAGAGGUCACAACAUCACAGUGAUCAUACCCAAAACCAGCGGGUACAUCAAAGCAGAGUCCCAUCAGUACCAGUCAAUCACCCUCGAUGUUGUUCCUGGAUUUGAAGUGAACGAAAUGAAUAAUUUCACAACAAAAAUGAUACAGCUCCGACGUGAGUUCCACAUUUCAGCUUUAGCUUACUUCAAAGCUGGAGAUGAGUUCAUGAAGGUUAUAGAUCAUGGUCACAAAGCUGUGGUUGAUCAAAUGCAAAAGCUUUUUGAGGAUGCUAAACUGAUGCAGUUCUUCCAAGAGGCCAAAUAUGAUGUUCUUCUGACUGACCCUUGCUUCGGCGGAGGGGUUCUUCUGGCCCAUCGGUUGGGUCUGCCUCUGGUCUUCAAUGUACGAUGGACAAUCAUGGAAGAUGGGCAUCACACAGUUGCCCCCUCACCUCUCUCAUAUGUUCCCAUAGCAGGCAGUGAACUGACUGAUAAGAUGAGUUUUUGGCAAAGGGUGAAAAAUGUUUUUUUCUCAUUAAUGGUACUUAAUAACCGCAAUAUGAUAAAAGAUUCUCACUACACACCAUUUGUCCACCGUCACUUCGGUCCUGACGUCCACUAUGAUGAGCUCGUUCAGGCAGCAGAUAUUUGGCUGAUGAGAACUGACUUCACCUUUGAGUUCCCUCGUCCCACCAUGCCCAACAUUGUUUACAUGGGUGGGUUUCAGUGUAAACCCUCCAAAGUGCUUCCUCAAGAUCUGGAGGGAUUUGUCCAGAGCUCUGCGGAGCAUGGUGUCAUUAUUAUGAGCUUGGGGACCUUGGUGGGGAAUCUCCCUGAGGAUAUAGCAGAACAUGUGGCUGCUGCUUUUGCACAAUUACCUCAGAAAGUCAUCUGGAGGCAUACUGGGAAGAGACCGUCCACCCUGGGAAACAACACCUUGCUGGUGGACUGGCUGCCCCAAAAUGACCUCUUAGGACACCCAAAGACAAGAUUGUUUGUGGCCCAUGGAGGCACCAACGGACUUCAAGAGGCCAUCUACCAUGGAGUUCCCAUCGUUGGCCUUCCUCUGAUGUUUGACCAGGAUGAUAACUUGUUCAGAAUGAGAGCGAAGGGUGUUGCCAAAGUGCUGGACAUCGGCACUUUGAACAAAGACAACUUCCUGGAGGUGUUGAAGGUGGUGCUCUAUGAGCCAUCCUACAGGAAGAACAUUCAGGAGCUCUCCAGGCUGCACAGAGACCAGCCCAUGAAGCCUCUGGACCGAGCCAUGUUCUGGAUCGAGUUUGUCAUGAGACACAAGGGAGCUCCGCACUUAAAGGCCAACUCCUACAAGAUGUCCUGGAUUCAGUACCACUGCAUAGAUGUAAUCACACUGUUGCUAACGUCAGUUACGCUGAUGUCACUGAUUUGCAUUUUAACAGUGAAAUGUUUGUGGUGUAAAGUGUUUGGUGGGAAAAAAAACAACCCAAAAUAAUCUAGUAGAACUAAUCUGUAACUUGGAUAACUGAGUUUAAAUGAUAGUACAGCAGAAUAGAGUGUGAAAAAAACAUAUAUAUAAUCCAAUUUGUACAUUGAUUUUUCUUUCUGCAAUGAUUUUAAUAUUCAUGCUUUAUGAAACAAAUAAUCAAGAGCCACAGAACUGACUUUUUCUAUUCAGGAUUUUGGUACAGAGUUGGUACUAUUGAUCAAACAAUAAUAUUGAGUGUUCAAGAUGACCAGGCUUUGAACAAAAUGUGCACUUUGUGUCCAUCUCGUGGCUGCAACAGGAACAA